UUUACAGGCGCUUUACAGACUCUCCAACCGGCGCUGUAGUGACAAGGAUCUACCUUCUUAUGCUAAUUAGACACAGUGAAACUCCAAUUCAACGCAAGAGCUCAUCGUAGACUUCACUUCGAAAUAGUUUUAAAAGGUCCGACUUUUUAGACCGACGACCAUGGAUUCGGAGUUACUUGGCAGAGUAAUGCGCGGAAAGACGUGCUUGACUUGGUUGUGUUGGCUUGUGCUGUCCACAAGUGGAGUUACCAGUAAGCCGCCCCAGUCUCCCUCCCUCCUCAGUAUUUCCACCACUCAUCUUUACUGGACCUGUCCAGAAGGGGCAACCUUCACACCCGAGUGUGCUCAGACAGGAGCCGCCUUGGCGCCCUCAGACAUCUUAAAACACGCCUGGCUUUUCACACCACACAUUGACCAACACUGUAUGGGAAGGGUGGGACCACGCCACAUGACGUACGGUCAUCCGCAUGGAAACCACAGCUUGCCAGCCGGGUUAAAGUUUGGAAUUUCAAACAACAACUUCUGGAUGGUAAUGCAGAAUGUGACCAUCGCUGACCAGGGUCGUUACUGCUGUAUGGUCCUGGACUUUAAGCAGGACCAUAAGCACGUGCAGAGUGCCCACGCCCAUGUGAUACUGCACGUGACACCACGAAGAAAUGGAUCUCAAGAAUGUUCAGUCAUAAACACUACACUGCCUGGAGGGGCUGUGCCAGUGGCCUUGGCCAUAGCAGCCUGUAUCUUGGCUCUACUUUCACUGCCCGUUAUUCUUCUACUCGUCUACAGACAGAGACAGAACGGUCGGUCAAAUAGACGUGCACAAGAGCUGGUGAGGAUGGACAGUGAGGCUCAGGGCCAUGAGAACCCAGUGUUUCUUGGGGAAUCAUCACAAGUGAAGACCCGCACAGUUUCACAGAUUAUGACACGGCAGUCCUCGGGAACAGGCCGACACCUGCUAUCUGAACCAGGAACUCCCAUGUCGCCUCCUGCACAUGGGGACGUGUUUUUUCCAGCGGAAGACACCAUCCCCGAGUCCCCAGACAUCCUUCUGCUUUAAAGAGGGAUCAGGCUCACCCCUCGCUCUAACAGCUGACCUGGAAACAGCUUUGCGGCUUCUCUUCUUGUCCUCUCCGCCAGAGCAACAUUUCCCUCGGCCUCAUAAUUACCUCGCCUGGGAAUGUUGUCUGUGCACCACGUCUGGUCCGCAGGAGGCAAGAGACUGACUGCUUUUCGAUUUCAAAAGACUCCUUCCUGCACCUGCCAUAGCAGCUGGAGGCCAGAAGCAAACUUGUGAUUGUAAACUAUAUUGCUGUGGCAUGGGGGGGGGGGAUGUUUUGUUUUGUGUGUGAUGGCUUAUAGGCAAGUUGUGGGUGGGAUCUACUUUUUCAGACGGGUUCGUGCAGGGUUGACGUUUCAUUUUCGAUAUGUUGCAACAAAAUCCAUACGUGACGAGUGGUGCUCACGUUUGAGUUGGUUCAUUUUCUUUGUUAGGCACCCAGUCAUUUUGCAAAGUAUUGUGGGCCAAAACGUCCAUCCCUACUUUGAGCAGGAUGCCAAUCCCAGUUGUUUAGGCUCGCUGGUCAAUCACAUUGUCAAAGCGGCAUUUAGUGGGAAAUGAUCCCACACAAGAUGCACAGAAGUUAGCCAUGUGAACCACUAUACCCCAAAUAGCCUAACCAUAAACAUUAAAAUUUAACAACUUGCAAAAAUAUACCUCAAAAUGAAAAAAAGGGUUUGAAGAGUGAAACAAUAGCUUUCACUGAUUGGCCCUUGCGACAUUCAUGGUUAAGGAUGACAAGACGUACAUUAUGUGUUAAAGGAGUUGCCUCCAGUGUUUGCAUCGCUGUAUCCACUCCAUUUCCACAAAAAUCACCAAGGCAACUACAGUAUUUGUUUUCCUUGGUCCUGGUCAGGUGAGCUGAACUGAAGAUGUGAAAGUCGAAAAAAAAAAAGGUCUGUCAUUUCUGUAAGCUCUACAUCCUUUCUAGUUGACCUCAGCUUCUUCACUCUGUGCUACAUAGAGACGAGCACCAUAGUCAGGACUUCACAGUAACCUUCAAUAAGAUCAUAAGUGCAGAGGUGUUUCUUUAUCAUGCAUAGUUUGAUAAUAGCCCAGAUUUGUUUUUUUUAUGAAGAGAAUAAUGUAAAACUGGUGGUGGCUUUUGUUUUGAGUUAAUUGUAUUCCAAUAAAUGCGUGACAGCAGAGAGAAAGUAGCCAUUGUGACUAUGAGGAACUGUUUCUUCACGAUCAGUGUACAGAGUGCUUCAUGGGUAUUGUGUUGUAGAUUCACAGAACAGGGUAUAUAUGCAGUAUAUAUGUAUAUUUUGUUUUCUUGCAGAUUCACAUUCAUCAUUAUAAGUGACCAAAGAGGACUUGAUGCCUGAAUAUUUUUCAGAUUUGCCUGAGUGUGAAUAAAAACAUAUUGUUCCGUAUUGCUGUCCCUUAAAUCAU